AUGAAGGACAAGCGUCGUCACCCUGACGCCUGGACAGCCGUCACCGUGCACCGAUCCGACCACGAUCAUCUCGCUCAUCAUCACUAUGUGACGCAUCCAAAGUGGUCGCCUGACUCCCAUCUUCAUGAUGGCAGUCAAAGCGCCGCAAAACGCGGUUGGUUCGUAUUCAAACAUGAACCAAGCUUAGCAUCAGUUUCGACAGAACAACGGCCAUUGAUAAGGUCCGAGACCACAACUACCACAGGAUCGACCGACCAACCCCUAAUUCAAGCAUCUCUUCCUUUCACCGAGAAAUAUGGCCGCUGUCUUGAUAUCUUGCAUUAUGGUGCCAACAGCACAGUCCGCCUACAUCUCAACAAACUCCCCGGAUCCGACCUCAAAUCAAAACAACUCCUCGCCAUCAAAGUGUACCGAUGCAACAUUCUCGAUUCAUCAAAUCCCCUUUCUCGAUCAUCUCAUGGAUCUCCAGAAUCCAUUGCCAACUUCCAUCCUCAUCACCCCAACAUCCUCGCCAUCCUCGACCUCCUUUAUAACGAACGCUCCGAGCUCUGCCUAGUCAUGCCCAUCUGCGCAGGGGGCAACCUUCACGAACUCAUCUCUCACACCGGCGGACCCAUCUCCACCAACGAAGCAGACUGCAUCAUAGCCCAAAUUCUCGGCGCCCUUUCCUUCCUCCACGAGCAAAACACCGCUCACCGCGAUAUCCGACUAGAGACCGUCCUCCUGACAGAGAACGGCUCCGUCAAACUGGCCGGGUUCGGAGAUGGCCAUAUUCGCCGCAUCUGGUCUGAGUGCGCAGUUCCAACAGAAGAAACAUUCCGUCCUCGCUCCCAAUCUCAUCCUGCAUCUGCAUCUGCGGCGGCGUGGUCUUUUUCCUUGCCGUGGCUGUUUUCUUCCUCCAAGACUAACCCCUCGGCUCGGGCAUCGGGCGAGAUGGCACAUUCGACCGUGUCUUAUCCCGGGAUGAGUCUGCCUUAUAUCCCGCCAGAGGGCUUUCAUUCUCGUUCACGUGCUGUCCUGGGACAUGGUGAUCUGCCUCAUCGUGAUGGUGAUGAUGAUGAUCCUCGCCCGGCGGAUAUUUGGGCUACGGCUAUUAUCUAUGUGGCACUUAUUACCGGGCGUCUUAUUUGGCGCAGUGCUCGGCCUCAUCAUGAGGAUCCGGUUUAUCUUGAUUAUCUCUACGGCCGUUGCUCGGAAGAUGGGUACCCGCCGAUCGAAGCGCUUGGGAAAAGACGAGGCAACGCUAUCUAUGCGAUGUUACACCCUACUGCAAGAAAACGGAUCACUAGUUCGCAGUUGUUACAAUCUGAAUGGAUGAGCCGGGUAUCAAUAUGUGAGGCGGGACUAUUGGGGCGUUGA